AGAAAAAAUUAACAAUAUCUUGACUUACUGCUAACAUUCAAUAUUAAAAACAACAAUUAGACAACAUGAAUAAUUGUACUCGGCAAUCUGUGUUUUUAACACGAUACUAACGUGAUUUUGUAUUCCGUUUGUAAAAUAAUCACAUUAAAUGGCGAUGUUUAUAUUAUUUUUAAUGUAAACGCCAUUUUGAACCAAUGAGAGCACUUAUUCGCCUGCAUGAAUUAAACGAGAACCUCUGAUUUAUUAAUUAUAUGUGCGUUUCCUACCAACCGGAUUUAAUCAAUAGCAACGAACUUCGGCAAACGUUUUUGUUUGGAUUAAUUUCUAUCUUCAAGGAUAAAAAUGCUUUCAUUGUCUCCCAUUAAUUUCAGACUGUGACUGAUCUUAAAAUAAGGAAAAACGAAAAUGAAAAAAAGAUAUCAAUAAUAAAUUUGCGAUAGGUUGAUGUUACUGUUCCUAAGCUUUGCUUUAAUUCAUAUUGGCAGACCAACCUGGACUGUGGAGUAUGCAGAACACAAAAACACUCAGCCCAAAAAUCUUGGCUUGAAACGUGCCAGCGUAAUCAUUUAGAUCAUCCCGCAACGCCAUAACCAAAUUGUUUUUCACCCCUGCAAAUUUCUAUUUCAAAGGCUUGCUGUUCUGUGAAAGGGUGAUUUUCAGUUUCCUGCGGUGGCGGAGCUCGGUGGGCAAUUCUCAAUGCUGUUGGUAAUUCUUCAAAAGACAGGAUGGACGACUUUCCAAAGUCGCGCGGUGAGUUUCGAAAGGUGCAGAGAGAAUUCAGACGUGGUAAAGCGUUACAUUUGGUAGUCGUUUUAUCGUUAGUAGCUGUUACAUAUUUCGCCGAAUUGCUUUGCGGUGCAGGUGAAAAGAGCAAGACAAGUGGAUAGCCAUACAUCAUGAAAAAUUAAUCGGCGACAGUUCAGAACGCGCUGCCCCAUUCAUAUUCACAUGGAAUAAACAAAUAACUUUGUGGUUCUUUUGUAGCCGAAUCACAAAACGGCGAUGUAUUCUAGCAUAGCAAAUGGACACGAAAUCAAACGUUAAGUAGCUUUCGAGGACAAGGAAACAUGCAAUGUGGACGACACGUUAAGGACCCAAGUCAUGGCGGUUCAUUUAAGGACCAUCUUUUGGAUUGUUACCGUGAUUUCACUGAUUUGCAUCGUCUUUUACGGAAUGAACAAUUUGCCCACGACAGUUUACUGCCCCACUACAGAGCGCAAGAUCACAUCCACAAGAAAUAUAGAGUCCGAAACAGUUGACAUCUUGCCUGCGAAAGUAAGGAAUGUGAUUCUUAAAAAUCAAUACUUUGUAAAUAUCACAUCAGAGCAAGAAAGUCUUCACACCAUUAAGAAGCACAAGCAAGCUUACAAGCAAACUUGUUCCCCGAUUAAUCAUGUCCUAUUUCUAAAGACGCACAAAACAGGUGGUAGCACCAUAACGAAUAUUCUCAACAGGUAUGGAGACUCCAAGAAUUUGACUUUCGUGCUCCCGAGAAAUAAACAGCUUUUCACGUUUCUGUGGCCUGCAAGAUUCCGUGUCUCCUACACUGCACCUUUGUACAACUUUGGAGCCAACAUCUUGUGCAAUCACGCCAGGUUCAACAAAAGACCAAUGAAUUAUUUAUUUCCGAAAGAUCGUAGUAGAUAUAUCACAAUUCUAAGGGACCCCGUUGCCCAAUACGAAUCCGUGUUCAACUUCAUGCAUUUUGCCAAGCCGCUGGGGUUUAAAGACGAGGAAGACCCCUUGGGAACAUUUUUGAAAUUUCCACCACCUUUCCAAGAAAUUAAGCCACUAAUGAAGGCCACUUUAGCCCUCCAUUUGGUGCGGAAUCCCAUGCUUUUUGACCUGGGCUUGGACUUUCGAUAUUUCCAAAAUAAAACUGCUGUAGAUCGCUACAUAGAAUUCUUAGACAAUGAAUUUGACCUAGUGAUGAUUUUAGAACAUUUUGAUGAAUCACUUCUACUGUUGAAGCGACUGUUAUGCUGGGAACUGAAAGACAUUUUACAUUUCAAGCUGAACGAGAGGCAAGAUAUUCAGAAACGGAAAUUCAUAAGUCAAGAAGUUAGAGAGGACAUCAAGAGCUGGAACAAAGCGGAUUUCAUGCUUUAUCAGCAUUUCAAUAGAACCUUCUGGAGAAAGAUCAAAGCCCAGGGUCCAAGUUUUCAAAGGGAACUGAAGAUUUUUAGACGUAAAAAGGAAGCCUUGACAAGAGCCUGUCUGCAAAAGGGAAAUUUCCUGGACGAAGCAUAUACUGGUGUUUACGUGAAGGGUUACUCCCUCAAGAAAAACGUACCAAAAAAGAAGAGAGUAAUGUGUCAGAGCAUGAUGAAAAAUGAACUGUCAUAUGUGAAGUUCUUUAGAGAGAAAAUGAGCAAGGAAGUUAGACACAUCGAGGAACCAGAGGAGUAUCUUGACGAUCCUAGGAACGACUGGGAGGUAGCUAGUGACUUGGAGCACGAUCCUAUUCUGUCAGGAGAAGAGUCGUCCGCUGAUUCGGCUCUGAUUCUGCCAAGGCCAGCGUCCAUUGAAGGAGUCACGAAAAAUUAAUAUCGAAAGCACUACCGUUGUUGGAGAAAACGUAUCAGCUGGGAGCAAAGUCCAUUCUCCGAGGAGACCACAAUUUCCAACGUCAUUCAUUGAUGUUCUUAAGCAACAUCAUGUGUUCUCCUCGCGUAGGCGCCAUACCCGUGUGCAAAUUUUCGGUUCAGUCGAUCUUUUGAUUUGGAAAGACCUUGACAGUGCAGAAAAAAAAAAAAACAGAAGAAAAAAAACAGAAGGUCAGGAAUAAGUCUUAGAAAGGUUCGCCAUAAUCGCGAGAUUAAAGAAACUUUCUGCUCCUCUUAGCGAGUCCGUGUUUCUAAACAUUCCUUUGUGAGAUCAACAGGCUCAGUUUGAUAUUCGUUUCGUCUUUAUAGGCCCUAAUGUUCAGUUUUAGGAAUUUUACAAUGUAAAAAAUAUCAUUUAUUUGUUUAUUCGUGUCUAAUGGUCAAAAUGCGGGGGGAAAGUGCAUUUUACUAGUGGUAGGCACCAUGAUCCUUGCAGAUGAACGUUUUUCGGUAAAAAAAAGUCUAAAAACUGACAAAGCUCCAAGAACUGCAAUGAUUUGCAACGAACGCAAACGACUCGUCGAGUAUGUUUGAUUCAUUUGGCUGUGGACAUGUUAGUUUUGUAGAUUUUGCUUUUAUUUGGUUGUCUAAAGAAAAAGCCUAAUCAAAGCGGGGAAUUUCAAAGGAACAAAUUUGGCCAGAAGGGUUUAAUUUUAACUAAUUACUAGUGACUAACUAAGGAUAUAAUUGACUGAAUUGAAGUACGAGUG